UUUUUGUUUUGUUUUGUGUAUCUACACAAUUAAAGAAAACUUGUCAACAAACAAUCAGGGGGAGGGGGAUCCUGUUUGAAGAAACCUCACAAUACUAAAAGUGCGUACCACAAAGAUACGAGGUUAUGCUCUAAGAUUUCAAGAGAUAAUCCAUUUGUGGGCUAUAUCUUUCAUUAGGAAUUUUUUUGUUUGUCAUCUAGUAGAUUAAUAUCAACUUGAACGAAGUAUUACACAAAGCCAGCAAAGGUUUGCAAUCUUUCUGGAGCCAAACGCCAGCAAAGUGACAUACACCAUCUGGAGUCUCGGUUUAGUACAUACACUAAAACAUAAACUAGACAAAAGGAAGCAGGCAAAGUUGAUUAGGAACAUAAGGAAAUAAACGAUACACUUCAAGAAUGGAGAAGCAGAACGGAGCCGGAAACAGAGAUGAGUGAGAAAGCGAUGCAAGCCUAAUUAUUUAAGUUCGAAGAUAACCUCCUAGAAUAGUUUCACCAGUGAAACACGUUCAAGUACCAACCAUAAAUCGCUUCAACACAAGAAGCCACAAGAGAAACGAUUUUAAUAGUAUAGAUAUAAAAAAAAUUGAACAUGAUAUCAUUUAACGACAAGAAGGUUUCGUCUAGUGUCUGCUCUUGUUAUGCUUGUUCAGUUGGUCCUAUGCUACAUAUAUUAGUGAUUUAUUAAUCCCUUGACUAUAACUCUACCAAAAUGCUGUCAGAAAUAACUAUGCUAUUCAGUUUGUUAUCUAUAUUUAAAAUACUAAUUAUUCUACAAAAAGUUGUUUGUACUAGUUGAACUGGGAGAACCAUAACGUUCUUCAUAAAUCGUACCUCACAUUAUGUGUUGAAAUUUUUCUUAGCAAGGAAAUGAAGCAGAUCAAAUAAUGUAACUAUAAACAAGUUAAAAUUGUCAUGGUUUAUCAUUAACUUUGAUACAUAUAUACAUAAUACAUUUUAGUCACAUACUUCAUCAUUUAUAAUGGCUAAAAAUAGGAACCAACAAUACAAAAAGUUAGGAAGGAUCAAAUACUUGUGUGAGAUUUCAAGGAGAUCAGUUACUGGAGAAUCUCCUCAGAUUCAUAAAAAACUUUUAUUUGCAGAGAGAUAGAAGCAGAGAGAAAUGACCAGAAGGCAGAAGAAGACGGCCAAGGUGGUUACAGGGGUAAUGGGACUGUGCAUCCUUGCUUACAUUGCAGUACCGUCUUUGCAUUGGCAUCUCAACGAGACCAUUGAAGACUCUCUACAUUCCUCUUGUCCUCCUUGUGUAUGUGACUGUUCUUCUCAGCCUCUCCUCUCCAUCCCUGACGGAUUGAGCAAUCAUAGCUUCUUGGAUUGUAUGAGACGUGAGGAAGGGAGUGAAGAGAGCGAGAGUAGUUUCACAGAGAUGGUAGCUGAAGAGCUGAAGCUAAGAGAAGCACAAGCUCAAGAAGACGAAUGGCGUGCAGACAGGUUGCUGCUAGAUGCUAAGAAAGCAGCGUCUCAGUAUCAGAAAGAAGCUGAUAAGUGCAGCAUGGGGAUGGAGACGUGUGAGCUAGCAAGAGAGAAAUCAGAGGGGACUCUAGACGAACAGAGAAGACUUUCUUACAUGUGGGAGCUUCGAGCUCGGCAAAAUGGCUGGAAAGAAGUUAUUUCCUCUAAUGAUCUCUAAGAAUCAAUCAAAUCUUUUAUUGUUUUCUGAAACUAUUCAAUAGAGAUAUUGAGUUAAGACA